GUUGUUAUUAGUGCGAUAUGCUCGUCGUGUGUAUUAGCUGUCUAUGAUUAUAUUAAUUCGUUUUAGAUUCUGAACGAAGUGAUGAAUGUAUUGAUUUUACAAUGAUGUGUGUUUUUUUUUUUUUUUGUAACCUACUGUACAGUAGAGCGAAAUCCACUUACCCACCUUUUUGUUUGCUUGAUGAUGGUUGGAUUGAUGUAAAGGAGAUGUUGAGGUUUGAGCGUUUGGGUCCAGGAUGUUGAUUAAUUUUGGGCAUGAUAAGGCCCUUGAAGUUUUUCAUCACUGGAAUAUUACGGUGUGUAGGUGUUAUAUAAUAAUCAAAUCAUAUUACCUGCUGGACGUCGACAAAGUAGACGUGCUAUAGGCAUCUAUACAAAGUUAACGAUAAUAAUGGAACACAGGUGUUGCACGAUCAUCGACGGUCAAACAUGAACUAUGACAUAGAUAUGUCACUACAAAGGAGAUUGAAAUUAACUAAAUUUCACUAAAUUUCGGUUGAUAUUUAAAAUCUUUAAACAUGUAAACAAAUUUGGUUCAACUUCUUCAGCUGACUUGUCAAAAUACGAAGUCAUAUGACCAUCAAAUAAAUAAAUCGAACAAUCAAUCAGGUUUCAGCGAUUAUUGGAUGAAAACCACCAAUAAUGAUAUCAAAAAUAUUAACGAUCGUAGUCAGAUUGAUGUUACAUUAAAAUUGAAAGAUAUGGAACAAACUGAAAGUUCGUAUGUUUUCCACUUGUCGUCCGUCCAAAUGAACGGUACGGACAUUCCUCUAACAUGCCAAUGUAAUUUAAAAACAUUUUGCCACAUCUCAUGUUCUAAUGAAGACAUCAUGCGGAUAGCUACUGUGCCAACAUACAGAGGAAACGUUCUUAAUUUGUAUCAAUUUUGGAUUUUUUUCAUAACUGUGACUGUGUUGUGGUCUUGCAUAGCUAUAACGUUAACUUUACAAGGCUCAUUAUGUCUCGAUCUAUUAGAAGACAAACCCGAGGAUAUUGGAAAACAAAUAUGUUGGGCAUCAUUGGGUUUGGGCAGUUUUUCCAUAUUCAUCGGAUGGCUUGUGGAUUGGUUUAGCAUAAAUAAAAAGGAAAAAGAAUAUUCACCAGUUUUUUACUCAUGUAUUUUAUUCUCAAUUUGUAAUUUAUUUGUCAUAAACAAACUUAAAGUAAGUUAUAUCCUGACUCUAUGCGGUACAUCAUAAUCUAUAUUUUUUAUCACUCAAUUGAGCGCAAUAAUUAUUUUAAAAAAACAUUCUAUUGUCCUCUAACUUAUAGAUAAUUGAAACGAAAAAAACCGAAGGAAAAUUGAAGAGUAUAUAUGGACUGUUAACUAAACAUUAUGUGAUUUUAUUUUAUAUAUGGGUAAUAUCAAUCACAUUUCUCCAUACAAUUAUUACACAUUUUCUAU